GUAUAUAUGCAGGUCGGUCUGAGCUGAGGUUAGAUUGUGCUGACUAUUAUCUCAGCCUGUCCUCUUAGCGUUACAAUAUUCACUCGGAAAACAGGUGCGCGGAGAGAGGCGUCUGUUGCAGUGACCGCAUAUCCAUUUAAACGCAAAAGGGGAAAAAUAAUGGAGACUCUUCAUAUCCACCGGUUUAGUGCGGCUCAGCCGGAGACUUAUCACAUUAAGGAGUCCACACAGGUACCAUGAGAAGGUUUACUGGACGGACUGGAUUUUGGACUACUCUGCGCUGAGAUGGACUGCAACUUAGGUGUCUUUUUACGAGAUGUUAUGCGCUCGCGCGGUAAAUUUGGCCCCGUUUUUUUUUUAAACCAGUAAUUAGCAUUAGAUUUGGGUAUGUCGUCCACGUUCAACACGUUGCCCGGGAGCGAGUCAGGAACAGGUCAAUGGUUCACUCCAUCCAUAAUUUAGGAUGAUGCCCCGCGGUCAAACCUGCUUGGUUUCGUCCCUGUUACUUCACCCUGUCAUUGGACUUCAGAUGUUUCACUGGCAGCCUGAGCGCUCCUAAGUGCUCGCUAUCAACUUGCCUGGCUGUCAUCCUAGAGAGGUGAUGCGACGGUUUGUCUACUGCAAGGUGGUGUUGACCACCUCUUUAGUGUGGGUGCUGGUGGAUGUGUUCUUGCUGUUGUACUUCAGCGAGUGUAACAAAUGUGAUGAUAGGAAGGACCGCUCGCUGCUCCCUGCUCUUCGAGCAGUGAUAUCACGGAGCCACGAGGGUCCAGGUGAGAUGGGCAAAGCGGUAAACAUCCCUAAGGAUGACCAGGAGAAAAUGAAGGAGCUCUUUAAGAUUAACCAGUUCAAUCUGAUGGCCAGUGAUAUGAUUGCACUCAACAGGAGUCUGCCAGAUGUGAGGCUGGAUGGCUGUAAGACCAAAGUGUACUCGGAUGACCUGCCCAACACCAGCAUUGUCAUCGUGUUUCACAACGAGGCAUGGAGCACGCUGCUGCGAACUGUUCACAGCGUCAUCAACCGCUCUCCUAAACACUUGCUGGUGGAAAUUAUCCUAGUUGAUGAUGCCAGCGAGCGAGAUUUCCUAAAGAAGAAACUGGAGAACUAUGUGCGUACUCUGGAGGUGCCGGUGAGGAUCCUGAGGAUGGAGCAGCGUUCAGGUCUAAUCAGAGCCAGGUUGAGGGGGGCAGCCGCCACCACCGGUCAGGUCAUCACCUUUCUUGAUGCUCACUGCGAGUGUACUGUUGGCUGGCUAGAGCCCCUGCUGGCUCGCAUCAAAGAGGACAGGACUGCAGUGGUGUGCCCUAUCAUAGAUGUCAUCAGCGACGAGACAUUUGAAUACAUGGCAGGCUCUGAUAUGACUUACGGUGGAUUCAACUGGAAGCUGAAUUUUCGAUGGUAUCCUGUUCCCCAGCGGGAGAUGGAUCGACGCAAAGGGGAUAGAACACUCCCUGUCAGGACUCCCACCAUGGCAGGAGGAUUAUUCUCUAUAGACAAGACGUAUUUUGAAGAAAUUGGGAGUUACGAUCCAGGGAUGGAUAUCUGGGGAGGAGAAAACCUGGAAAUGUCUUUUAGAAUUUGGCAAUGCGGUGGCUCCUUGGAAAUUGUAACAUGUUCACAUGUGGGCCAUGUUUUCCGGAAGGCCACCCCAUACAGUUUCCCUGGAGGAACGGGCCAAGUCAUCAACAAGAACAACAGGCGCCUGGCCGAAGUCUGGAUGGAUGAUUUCAAAGACUUCUUUUAUAUCAUAUCACCAGGCGUGAUGCGGGUGGAGUACGGAGACGUCUCCUCUCGCAAAACCCUCCGUGAGGCCUUAAAGUGCAAACCGUUUUCCUGGUAUCUAGAGAACAUCUACCCAGACUCCCAGAUCCCAAGAAGAUACUACUCUCUUGGUGAAAUCAGAAAUGUUGAAACCAACCAGUGUAUGGACAACAUGGGGAGAAAGGAGAACGAGAAGGUUGGCUUUUUCAACUGCCACGGCAUGGGUGGAAACCAGGUGUUCUCGUACACUGCGGAUAAAGAAAUCAGAACAGAUGACCUCUGCCUGGAUGUCUCCCGCCUCAACGGGCCUGUUGUCAUGCUCAAGUGUCACCACAUGAAGGGCAAUCAGAUGUUUGAGUACGAUGCUGAGUAUGUUGGCAAGUGGGAAUAUGAUUUUGAGAAGCACACCUUCCUCCACAUCAUCACCCAAUCAUGUCUGACCAUCGGCCGUCUGGAGGACGGCACCUAUGGCCCCACUGUGGAGUACUGUAACAACAGUCCAAUACAGUCGUGGAUCCUCCACAACUACACUCGUCUGGAGGUCGCUAGACACCUCUACUUCAGUCCCACGGAUUAUUUUCUCUAAACUCAAGUCUGCUCUCGGGGGCUACGGGGGGCGUGAGCGACUUACUCUGCUGCAUGUGAAUAGCAACCAGUGCUUGGACAUGCCCUCUGAGGACGACAAG